AUGAUAGCUAAUCGAUUAGUUGGUCUUCGUAAUCAACUUGGAUGUUGUUUUAGUAUAAGUGGCUCUCUUUUUCAAGUAUCAUCAAUAACAAAAUCAGUUUUAUCGUCACUAUCGAAGACACCAUCAUUGGCUAUUCUACCAGUCUCUUAUUUGCAAAACAAAUAUAUUAGUGAUUUAUUUCGUAAGUCAGGUGUAUUACGUGAACAACGUUUGACUUUAAUUAAUGAAUUAGUUAUGAAUCGUUUAAUGGCUGCCAAUCGAGAAGAAUUAUUAUGUCGAGUUAUAAUAGCUAAACCAUUAGAUGAUAAAUUACGUAAUGAACUUGAUUUGAUAUUACAACAAUUUAGUAAAAAAGGUGAAAAACUUAAUAUUAAAUAUUCUUCUCUUUUAUUUUAA